UUCCUCAUCGACCGGAUUAGGGUUUUUUUCUUCUUUUUUUUCCUCUGCCGUCACCAACAAUGUCCGCAUCCACGGUGUCGAUCACCGCGAACCCGGCUUCGGCGCGUCGGAGGCCGGUGCUGCUCGCCGACAAGAAAUCCAACAGCAACAUCGAGCUUGUCCCCGCCGAGAACGGGGCCAACGCCGACGACAAGGCCGUUUCCGGCAACAGCAAGGAUCUGAGCCACCACUCGAUCCGAGGGGAGGGCAAGGACCUGGCGACCGUGAAGAAAGCGCUGGGGAAUUCCAUGAUCUCUCCGCGCCGGGCUCGUAAGGUGGCCCCGAAGGCCGAGAAGCCGCGGUGGCUCACGGUGGUGAGCGUUUUUACGAAGAAUUUCCUGCUUUUGGUUGUCCUACUAGGUCUAGUUCAGUUGGUCAUGAGGCUCUCUAUGAAGUCGCCGGGGAGCCCCGUGGAGUUUGCGGAUUUCGAGGGGCGGAUUGCGGAAGUGGAGGGGCUGUUGAAGAAGACUUCGAAAAUGAUUCAGGUGCAGGUGGAUGUGGUUGAUAAGAAACUGGAGAGCGAGAUUGGUGGGCUGAGGAAUGAAUUAAGCAAGCAGAUUGAGGAUAGGAGUGUGAUGACGAGAACUAUUCUGAAGAAACUGGAAGCCAAGAAUGAAGUUGUGGAGAAGUCUUUGAGUGAGUUAAAAGAAGGAAAUUGGUUAUCGAAGCAGGAGUUUGAGAAUUUCAUCGAAGAAUUUAUGAAGGGAAAGGGUGGUGUAGUUGAUCAGAGUGAUGUCAGUUUAGAUGAUGUAAGGGCUUAUGCAAGAGAUGUGGUUUUGAAGGAGAUAGAGAAACAUGCUGCAGAUGGGCUUGGGAGAGUAGAUUAUGCGUUGUCCUUUGGUGGAGGAAUGGUGGUCAAACACUCGGAGCCUUAUCUUGUCGGGAAAGCAAGUACUUGGUUUUCAAUAAGCAAUCGCCAUGGUGUUCAUGCUGAUGCGGAUAAAAUUUUGAAACCCAGUUUUGGUGAGCCUGGCCAGUGUUUUCCUUUGAAAGGAAGUAGUGGCUAUGUGCAAGUUAGGCUUAGGACAGCAAUUGUUCCUGAAGCUGUUACCUUGGAACAUGUGGCAAAGAGCGUGGCCUACGACAGGUCAAGUGCUCCUAAGGACUGUAGGGUCUCAGGAUGGCUUCAAGAACAUGCCGAUUCUGCAGCAGUUGACACGGAGAAGAUGUUUCUCUUGGCAGAGUUCACGUAUGAUCUUGAGAAGAGCACUGCUCAAACAUUUAAUGUCAUGGAUUCGACAGCUUCUGGUCUGAUUGAUACAGUCAGGUUAGACUUCACGUCAAACCAUGGAAGCGCCACUUAUACUUGCAUAUAUCGCCUGAGAGUGCAUGGUCAAGAGCCUGAAUCUGAAACACUGUUAGCCAUGCAGUCUUGACAUGUUUUGGCUCUCGUUUUUCUCCCCUGUAAUUCUUGUUAUGUAUCUCUUGGUUAGAUCCAGUUUUUUUGCUCCGAAGGGUUCUGCUUCAUGCCACCGGACUGCUUCUCUCUUUCUAGAGUUGUGAUCCCUCGUGCUUAGACAAUCUAUGUGUCACUGUCCAGUCGUUAAGCUUAGAUUAGUAAA